CAAAACACGGCCAGGACAGGGACUGGUGGGCUGAGGGGCCAUCAGACACGCAAAAAUGCCCUUUUCCUUCCAUCAGACAGGCAUCUUUGAGCAGUCUGUCCCUGCACUCACAAUAGGUAGGAUGUGGUCCUUGUUUGGGAAAGGGGCUGUCCAUGUCAGUCGCCCAUCACUUUGAAGUCUGAGAUGGCGAUGGCUUCUUCACUUCGAACGUUUCCUCUCAAUCUUUGAUUCACCUCCGCCACAGAUCUCUCCUCGUGGUGACAUACGCGGGUCUCACCGUUCAACACGUGGGUUACUGGUGUUCUUCAACUCUGGACCAGUUGUGCGAGUCCAGUAACUGUCCCUUCCUUCCAUUUCUCACUACCAACGCAGGCGCUUUUCUUUCACCCGAAGCCGUCCGAUCUCUUCUUAUUUUCCCGCCACAUGCCCCUCAGACUUUCCAAUUCUCAUGAGUUCUGAACAAAGAUUGGACCUGGUUGCGGCGUUUCCUCUCGUGCUAUCCGAGCAGCCUAAUGGGUGCGACUACGAUGACGCACCUCCACGCCACCAGCGCCACCUUGUUGGCUGUCUUCACCAACGCCGUCGCUGCCAUGACACUCGUUCCUCCUACGAACCUCAAUCUAGGCGAGACCACAUCCAUCAAAGGUGUCGCUAAAACGAUCGCCGAGGGCGCUCUGUUCUACUACCCUGGAAAUGCGACUAAUUUCAUCGAUCUCCCUUCCCCUUACUACUGGUGGGAAUGCGGUGCCUUCAUGGGCGCUUUACUCGACUAUUCUCACUACACACAAGACCGAAGUUAUGAUGAACUUCUGUCCACCGCUCUCUCUGCCAACAUGGGCCCAGCAAACGACUUGAUGAUCCCAAAAUAUCGGGGCCAGGAGGGCAAUGACGAUCUAGCCUUUUGGGCAUUCAACAUGCUCACAGCCGCCGAACGCAACCUCCCACAGGUCGAAGACGCAGGUGUUCCGUCAUGGCUACAGGUCGCCGAGAAUUCCUGGAAUAGUCUUGCAGGCCGCUGGAAUAUGUCCGCGUGUGGCGGUGGCUUGCUUUGGCAAAUAUUUCCAGAAAACCCCAAUGGCCUUAAUUACCGCAACUCUGUCAGCAACGGAGGGUUGUUCCAAAUCAGCGCACGUUUGUACAGGGCGACGGGGAACCAGACAUACCUCGACUGGGCUAACAAGGUCUGGGACUGGUCUGUGUCAGUCAACAUGAUCGACAAGGACUAUUUCGUGUACGACGGCGCCAAUUCAGACACGAAUUGCACAGACAUGAACCCUGUCUCCUUCAGCUACUCGGCGGGGAUCUAUCUAUACGGCGCUGCCGUCCUUGCCAACGCCACCGACGGAGCUGCCGCCCCGACGUGGAACGAGCGAACCGAAGGCCUGCUCCAGGCGAGCAGGAGCUUCUUCAGCCCGUACGGCAACGCGACAAACGUCAUGUACGAGCAUGCGUGCGAGACGGUCGAGCGCUGCAACACGGACAUGAAGUCCUUCAAGGGCUACCUCUCGCGAUUCAUGUACGCCUCCGCGGUGAUGCUGCCAUCUCUAUCUGCUCCCGUCAAUGACCUCCUCAGCGCCAGCGCCACGGCGGCUGCGAACGCGUGCUCGGGGGGCGACGACUCGGUGACGUGCGGGCAGAAGUGGUACGUGGGUGGCUUCGACGGCAAUGUUGGGCUUGGGCAGCAGAUGUGUGCCCUCGAGACCGUCCAGGGGCACCUGGCGGGGCAGGCAGCUGCACCAUUGGGAAAUGGGCAGAUCAAGGACGUCAGGGGCUCGGCGUCAGCGGAGACGGGUGCGACUGCAUCGGACGCCGGCCCGGUCACCGUCUCCGCGGCUAUCCUGCCGACAGAUGCUAAGAAUGCGGGUGUCGCCAUGGUCCCUGGAAGCAAGGGAUUCUGGAGUACUUUGAGUCUGAUGAUGUCCGCUGUGGCCUUCGCAACGGUUUAGGGUACCGCUGCGUGUCUCUGGGCGGGUGACGGCAUGCCUCAAGGAAUCUUCAUCUGAGCCUUUCUUUCGUCUUGUUCUCUGAGAGAUGAUGACCACGGUGAUGAAUAUCAAUGCUCCAGGGGUAUUGUGGGGUUAGCAGGCGUUCAUCUUAAACCACAUCCAUAUCACUUGGGCUAGUAAUUAUCAUACUACCGCAGCACCGUUAAAGUAAUGAUAUGUCUUAGUGGAGUUCA